CCGGAUUGAACAGUCAGUUUCUUUGCGAUAGUCAUGGGAGUUAAAGGUCUAAAUUAUUUCGCUUACAAUCGUUUACCGAAUGGGACAUGUCCCAUCAGAAUCAAAGAUGAGAUAAGGAAAUAUUAUGACAGCUUUCCGGAUGCACCACCGCCGAUCAUCGUUGUGGAUUUGAAAUGUUUGGUGUACCCAUUUCUUCGAUUAGACCCUGCUGGAGUCAUCUGCGGAGGUCGCUUCAACUUUAUUGCAACUCGUAUGGAUCGCUUCUUCACUGACCUGACGACGCUCGGGGCGAAGUUGGAGUUUUUCUGUGACGGCCCAAUAAGAAACGCUACCAGUGAGAAAUGGUGCAUGAAAAAAGAUGACUACUACAGAAGAAUGGAACUUCUAUUCGAUGCCGUAGAUAGCGAUAAAGAACUUUCUAUGAUUCAAAGUUCUACUGAUCUACCUUUCGAUUAUGUGUGCACCAUCAAAACAAUAGCGAUGAAACAUGGACCCUUUCACUGGGCUGUCACCAAUGAAUGUGAUCAGGAGAUGGCACAUUUUGCGAACCAAUCGAAAUCGUUGGCCAUUAUGACGGAUGAUAGCGACUUUAUGAUAUAUGAGGGUUCUUUUCGAUUUUGGUGUGUUUCAAAACUAAACGUCGAAAAUUUAACUUUAUUCGAGAUCGAUCGGGUAGGAUUGGUAAGACACUUGAGGCUCAGCCCAAACCAGAUGCCUUUGCUGGCAACCUUAGUUGGAAAUGAUGUUGUAGACUCAAUAAAAAUCCAAAGAUUCCACAAAAGUUUGGGCCGCACAUCAGAAACCAUACGGAAUGUUGCAGCAUUCAUUCGUAAUCAGCAACAAAUUGCAGUCGGUCAAAUUUUUGACAAGGUUCUUACAAUUAACUCCACUCGCUCUGGAGAAUUAAAAAGUACUUUCCAAAAGAGUUAUGAUUCAUAUCAAAAAACCUUUGAACCAUUCAACCUGGAACACACCAGUGACCCAAUUGAAGCAGUCCUUUUGUCGCGUAAAGCUCCGUUGUUCUAUCAACUGUGGCACUCGAAGAACAUAGAGUGCUUCCCCGGUGUAAUUGAUUUGCGCCAUGACCAACUCGGAAAGCAAGUGACCCUAGCUAGGGUGUCUUUAAUUCUUAGAAUGGGGGGAAUCAUUUUAUACCAUCGACAGGUGUCACGCAAGACGAAGUGCAGCGUUAUGGUUAAGCUUGACCAUGAUAGUGCCCAUGCUGUACAACCGCGGUUUGUGAUCUUUCCAACUCGAAUGGAGCCUCCCCCACUUACGGACCUUCUAUCGAAUGAUCCGGCCCUCUGCGAUGAACUACAGGGAAUAAAAUGGAAGCUUCUUUGGUGGGUUGUAUCGGAAACCUUUGAUCAGCGUGGGAUUGAGACAGUUCCAGAGCCGAUGCAGAUCGCCGUUGUCACUUUGUAUUGGCUAAUGGAUAACCGCAUUCUGGAACUGUACGAAGCCGAUUUACUCUUGCAAGUAGCUCAUGAUGUAACAUUUGACAAAUACGAUCUAGAGGCAGUUGAAUAUCCAGAAAAACUGGCCAGCCGCCCGUUUCGGGUGGCAUUCCUAUUUCCACUGUUGUACUCGCUCAUAGCCAGCGUUUUCAAUUUGGUUGGAUUGCCUGGCUCAAGGUAUGAAAAUCCACCAUUCGAUGGGGCGCUGUUCCAUUCUAGAUACAAUGGGUGGAAGGAACGAUCGCUAAAUGGUAGCGCUAGAUGGGAUGGAAUUGAGGAGAUGAGAAUCUACUCAUCAAUCAUUACUAGGCCGAGCACGGACUGAUCGGUCUCGGUAAAACUUUUUAUUAAAUUAUGUCAUGAGUACACAAAACUCGGCAACAAAUCGAUAUCUUGAUCAUGAAUGAAAUAUAGUUACUCCAUCAAAAGGCUUAAUGAAAAAAAUAAUUGCUCUACGAAUGACUUAAUUUUUGCCUGUGCUUUGUGUGCUUACAAUUUUAUCUAUACAAACUAGUACUAACACUAGCUUUGUACUUUCCGAAAACGGAUUUAAUAUUACGUCAUUUUGGAU